GUCUUCGGCACCCGUCUCAUUUGUGAAAAUGGCGGCCGCCUGAAAUCAAGCGAACGGACUUCGACAGCGCGUAGCCGUUGCGGUGUUUUUUCGUUGAUGUUGCGCCGUCCCCGCGAACGAAGACCAUGGAAGUGACCGCAGAAAAUUUUCAGGAGCAGUUCGGCGUGCUGAAGGCAGCUCUCGAAAAUGCCUCGUUCGUCGCAAUCGACUGCGAAUUUACGGGUCUGGAGUUGGAAAGAAGUACCCACGCGUAUGACACACCAGAAGAACGCUACCGAAAGCUGAGAGAGUCGUCUCUAGAUUUUCUGGUGGUGCAAGUCGGCGUGUGCGUGUUCCAGCAUGACAAGGAAAAGCGCGGGUACACGUACAAGGCAUUCAACUUCUACGUUUGUCCGAAGCAAACGGUCAAGGGUGCGCCCGACAGGAUGUUUCGAUGCCAGGCUAGCAGUUUACAGUUCCUGAGUCAACACGGGUUUGACUUCAACAAGCUCUUCAGUCACGGUGUCUCGUACCUGAGGACCGAAGAAGCCGCGCAACUGAGCCAGGCUUUGAGCGAGCGGCAAACCCAGCAGCUCAAAGAAGUUGGCUCGCCCAACAACGGCCCGUCCAAGAUAUCCAAGGUCGAGGUGCCCAAGGACACCCAACAGUUCAUCGACGACGUCCUGGAGUCGGUGCAGAAGUUCCUGGACAGCGCAUCUGGCACGGAAGUCGACAUGGAGGAGGAGGACGGCGUCGGGAAUGCCACCUCGAAGCAGGACUCGCCCGAGGACUUGUCGAUGCGCGAGGCCAGUCCCAAGAAGGACGGCAGCGCCCUGCACCUGUCCGAGUGCAACGGCUUCAAGCGCAAGCUCAUCUACCAGGAGGUGAACGCGCGCUUCGGCGACAAGGUCCAGCUCAACACGGAGUCCGAUGCGGACGGCAUGCUCCACAUCGCCGUGCGCAUCACCGGCACGCCGGAAGAGCAGCGGGCCCGGCUCGAGCUCAGGCACAAGAAGGAAAGGGAGGACCUCGAACUGGCGCACGGCUUCGGGCGAGUCCUCGAGCUGCUGGCCUCAAGCGGCAAGUUGAUCGUGGGGCACAACAUGCUGCUUGACAUCAUGCACCUCCUCUCUCAGUUCGUGGAUGACUUGCCCAAGGACUACAAUGAGUUCAAGAGCAUGGUGAGGGCCGCCUUCCCGUGCCUGGUCGAUACCAAGGUUCUCGCCAGUGACAAUGCCAUCAAGGACUCGUUCGUCACUACUGCCCUGGAGUUGCUGCUCAAGCAACUUCGCAACAGACCAUCCUGCGUGCCGCCCGUGGAGACCGAAAACGGCUACGGCUACAGCUUGAACCAAGCCAAGUACCAUGAGGCCGGCUAUGACGCAUUUGUGACGGGCAUGUGCUUAUUGGGCCUCUGCCAGCAACUCGGUAAAUACAAGGACCACUCCGUCGAGCUGAAAGAGACCAGUCCGGUCUUGAAGCCAUAUCUCAACAGGGUCCACAUGAUGCAGUCUCCAGACAUUCCCACUCUAAAUAUGGCUGGAAACGAAGUGAUACCGUCUCGGAGCCACAUUUUGCACGCGACUUUCCCCGCGGAGUGGCGCGCCAACGACCUCUACCAGUUGUUCAACAGCUUCGGUCAGAUCACCAUCCAUUGGAUCAACUCCACACAGGCAUUUGUUGCUAUGGCUAGCAGCCCUCUUGCGACUCAGGCUCUGAAGAAACUUGGCUCCAGCAAGACGUCGACCCAGGAGUCCUAUCGCCUACAGAGCUACACCACUUACAUGACAAGGCAGUCCCGUCAAUCUGCGACUGCAGUGACGGGGAACAAGACGACUGCGCCGCGUGAUUCUGACACGACUGUGGAAGACUCUGGCGUGGCUCGCAAGCGGAAGAGAUUUCGGUGCCAUACGCGAAAAGCCCGACGCCAGCGGGUGUGCAGAAAUGCAGAGUUCAAAGAUCUGCCUCAUUGACCUCGUUGACGUCCAGCAGCCCUCCUCGGAUGUCAAAAGAGGAAAGCGGUGAGUCAAAGCCGAAGCUGGUGAAAAAGACGACGACGACGGCCGUGCAGAUUGCAGUCACCGAAAAAUUCUUCGAAGAAAACGACGACUGGAGCUAGGGACAAGUGCGAGAGCAUUCAUCCUCCGCCCGUCACCUUUCAUUCAUCCGCAUGCGCUCGUCAGCAUUAUAUAAAACCCAUUCUCUCA